CCUACAUUUCAGCACUAGCUAACAGCUGAGCUCUAGCAGGGUUACUACUCAAGUGAAAAAGAAACAGAAGUAGUACGAGCCUUCAUAUGGAGAAAGGAUUUUGUGUUUACUCUUUUAAUGACUCUGUCAGAAACAUUCAGAAGAAAAUGGCUUAAUGAAGGCUUUACACUGCCGGACAUAGCAAAAGGACUCAUUCAUUUUUUUAAGGACCAGGAGACUCAGCUAUUACAUUUGUGGAACUGGUGAAUCAGAGAAAUCCUUGGAAAUUAAAUACUGCCUGGAACAGUUACUGUCUACGGCUUCUUUGUAUGCAUGGGAAGGAAUAUAUCCCACAAUUACUAAAAGGAAUUUAUUUGCGUGGCUCUCUAUGAAAACAGUGUUAUGAAAAAUAACCGUAUGGCUGUGGAGAAAAAAAAGUGUUUUUCAGCAUUAACAACACAUGAUCACAUCCAUUCAUGGUAUAAGCUCAUCUAAGAUAUAUGAAUUUAGCCUUUGGAAUAUGGGGUUUUGUGACUGGUAAGCACAACAAUUAAAGUAAAUGCAAAAGAUCAGUUUUAGUUAUCAGUUAUCAGUAAAACAUGUAAAACUUUUUCACAAUAUUUAAAAGUCUAUUAUAUUGGGAUUCAAGGAGAGAAGUGUUUGUUGCACUUUACUUAGGCUGUAGCUAUUACCUGUUUAUGUCUUAUGAUGGUAUCAAGUCAGAUCAAAUAUUUCAGCAGUUUUAAGAAAUUCUCCCUGAUCUCAAUACCUGCUUUGUGUAAAGCAUACAAUUUCACCAAAUGACUUCAGAAAUGGAAAAAAUGCUCAUGUCAAAUAACUGGACAAACACGUUUUGUUUAGAUGGAGCACUUUCACCUUGCAUCAACAGGAUAAUACUCACCCAUGUUGCAAUGAACGUGAACUAAUCUAACAGAAGAGACAGUCUGAAAAUGUACGGUGAAAUAAUAAAUUCAAGUACGACAGAAGCUGACCUCAUUAUACAGACCAACACACCUCCAUAUACUAAUACUCAAAGACCGGUGAGUUCAUCUGCUUUCUUCAUGUCCACGGCCAGGGUGUUCAAGGAAGGGGAGCUGAAUAAACCAGAUCUGACAACCUACAUUAUUAUGUUCAUUAUUUUAUUUUUGGCAGUCACAAUAAUUGUGCUUUUUAUUAACUGCCAGCUACGAAACUCUUUCUUUGCCUCAUUACCAUAUGAUAGAUCACUUAGGGAAGCAAGAAGCCCGUGGAAAACACAAGCUGUCUAGGUUACAUAGAAUGGCAGGCACCUGAAAAUACUGCUAAGCAGUCUCUAUUAGUAUAUUUUAUUUUGAUAACUUUUUAAAAUUGGUGUAAGAAAAAUAUAUUUGUAUAAUAUAUUUUUGCAGAAUGGUGCAAAUAUACUCAGUACACAUAUUUACCUCAACACAUUUCUGCAAAAUAGCUUUGUUUGCUGAGUUAAACUAUGUACAGUAUUAGGAUAUCAAGAAGCAAUUUAAUGUAAUAAUACUGGGAUUUUUUAUUGAAGAAUGCUGCAUAUUUAAGACAGCAUUGAAGUUUGAUGAUGAAACCAUUUCAUAUCAUACCAAGUGAAAUUUUCUAUCAGCUGAAAUGUUGAAAGCCUUUUGGAACUUGCAGUUUAUUUUUACUUUUCUCUAAUGUACAGUGCAUUUGUUAAAAUAUAACUCCCAGAGUUGGAACAAAGUUUAUGGUUCAUCUUGUUAAAAGAUUAAAAUAUUCUGUCAAUAUAUAGUGCAAAAUUACUUAACUUUAUGACAGGAAAAAAGAGUGCACGUUUAUCUCCAUGCAAACAUGCUCACGUUUGUGUGUGUGUGUGUGUGUGUGUGUGUGUGUGUGUGUGUGUGUUUGUAUAUGCCUGCGCAUGUGCUUCUGUACAAAUGUGUGUGUGUGUGUGUGUGUGUGUGUGUGUGUGUGUGUGUGUGUGUGUGUGUGUGUGU